GAGAUAUCAAGGCUACAGCGCCAACUUCAGUGCCUAAUGCUGACGUAUGAUCGGCUCACACGGAAUUUUGUAAAAAACGUGGUAAUUGAGCAGCUAUAACAAAUAAAACUGCAAGACUAUCAUUUGCGGACAAAUCAGUCAGGUAUAAGAUCAUACAUCUCGGGGUUUAACGCGAUAGCCUUUCAUGCACUUAGUUAAAUAAAUUUCUGGCCUUAUAGCUCGGGCUCCCAACUUUGGGCAAACUCUCGAAGUCAAAUGACCUUGACCAAGGUUAAAGAGGAAUUUCCCCAAAAUGUGCCAAGUUUUCCCCGAAAUUGUGAGCUCGGGAUCUGAUGUCAGUUUGUGAUGAAAACCCCAUAUAUAGAUUAGGGUCUCGCCGUAAUCACGAAAAUUCUAGCCUGAAACAUACCACGGAGGGAGAGAUUUUCUACAUAGUCGUAAGAUGGUUGCUUAGUUGUAACAGCCUCUGUGCACUGAUUCCCUAAUCUGCCUAUUUAGAUUCGAUUGGAAAGGCGAAUUGCGAAUCGGUAGCUCCAUACAAACGUACGAUUUUUUCAUCCUGUCCUCAGUGAAAAGAGUUAGUAUUCCAGUUGAUAUGUCAACCCGUGGCGUGUCUUCUAGUGGCGAUCCAAUAUCCCUUGUAUGUGUGUUUCCCCUCACUAAUUCGCUAGCUGGAUUUCAUUUACAUAUUCGGACACAAAAAUGAAUUUUUGUACAAAAUUAUCUGUUUACAACUAGUAGGUAUCCUAAAAUUGUUGAUUGGUCGUGUGAGCUGUUGGUGUGCUCACUAUUGCGAUCAUUUUCAACAACAAUGAAGUAAUGAAUGUGUGUUUAAUUACUCCUAACCCACCUAAUGUUAUCAGUCAGUUUGUUUUAACUACCAAGAAACUGGAAGAUAAACCUCGGACUUCAGUUUACUCACAAAUUAUCUGGCAUCACAAGUCAUAUAACUUGUGUGUUAGAUUUUGCUAGUAAUACGUUCAUCAUUUCAUGUUUCCACACUCUGCUACUACUUUCAAUGGGAUAGCAUUCUUCAACUUCACGAAGCACGUUUUCCCUACGAAUAUUAAGGUAGUAACAACUAUUUGAAUAUUAAAAUUUACUCAUUCUGUGCAAGGGUAAAUAAACUGUUCCUGACUCGUCACAUUUUCCUAUCUUAUUAUGCGGUGUGUAACAACUAGUUCCCGUAAGCUGAAAAGCCAUCAUGUAAAGCGAACAAGGAAUUAUAAACUUAGAAAAUGUAACUUAUACUAUUAGAACUAAGUCCUAUGCUCUUGUGAGAUAGUAUUUCAAAUUUACUCAUCUAUUAUUCUGUUAUCAAAUUUACGUUUUUAAUGUACCUAGAAGAAAUUGCUUUUGAAGGACAGCAAUUACGUACACGUGCUUAAGUAGGUUUUUAGUGGUUGGUCGUUGAAAAUUAAUAUUUCGAAUAAGAUACUGAAAUGUUCGAAGACUUGGGAUUGUUGUGGUUUUAUAAUAUACAACGAACUAAGGUAUAUGGUCUACAAACAACUAAAAUUGACUUUUAUGCCUAAUGUGAUCAUUUAUGCUACGCAAAACUUGUUUUAUUGUUGGUAAGUUAACGUUUACUGGUGACUCUGAUCCAAAAUAUCUUCCAAAAAGUUCCCAGUAUUUAUUGUAGUAUUUCAUUUAUCUUGAGAUAUCUGUAAUUAAGUAACGGCGUUUUACUGCUCAUUAGAUAUUAACCGAUCGACUUGGUUUUCUCUAUCCAAUUUUAUAGUACAACGGAUCGUAACAGUCAUGGUAAAUGCGAAUGUCGAUAACUUGGUUAAAACUUGUCUACCUAUGUUCAUUGGAAUAGCCUUACGCUCGUCUACCAGUUUACACUCAUAUUCCGGCGAAAAUAAACCACCCAUGUAUGGUGACUAUGAAGCUCAACGUCAUUGGAUGGAAAUCACCGUUAAUUUACCAUUCGCAGAAUGGUAUAUCAACUCAACACAUAAUGAUUUGAAUUAUUGGGGGUUAGAUUAUCCACCUGUUACGGCAUAUCAUAGUUGGCUGAUGGGUAAACUAGCUAAUAAAAUUGACCGUGAUUGGGUUCAGUUGUACACAUCGAGGGGUUUCGAAUCUAAAGAGCACAAAUUGUUUAUGCGCUAUACUGUACUGGUAGCUGACUUAUUGUUUUUUAUACCUUCUGUAUUACUGUAUUUUUAUUAUGUUCUACCUAGCAUUAUGAAUAAUAGGUCACAAAUUAGUGGAUUUUAUUCAGCAUGCCUAACAUUAACUUAUCCUGGUCUUAUAUUGAUUGACCAUGGACACUUCCAAUAUAAUUGUAUCAGUCUUGGUUUGUAUUUGAGCGGAAUUAAUUUCCUCCUCCUAGAGUGGGAUAUGCUCGGUUCUAUAUUAUUUUGUUUAGCCAUAGGUUAUAAACAAAUGGAACUAUAUCAUGCGUUGCCAAUUUUUUUCUUUUUAUUAAGCAACUGUAUUUACAAAAAAUCAGUGCGCAGUGGAAUAACACAUCUAGCUAGACUGAGCUGUGUCGUUUUCUUGACAGUAUUUUUGAUAUUUGCACCGUUUUUACUAACAACCGAUUUGAAUCUUUCAUUGCAAGUCGUCCGACGUUUAUUUCCGUUUGAUCGCGGUAUUUACGAAGAUAAAGUAUCUAAUUUUUGGUGUGCUACAUCACCGCUAGUAAAGUGGCGUUCACCACUUUCUACGUCAUCCUUAACAUUAUCGUCUACUAAACUGGUGUGGGUUAGUGUCCUGCUCGUACUGACUACAUGCGUUCCAUCUUGUAUAGUUUUAUUAAAGAAGUCUAAAAACCAAAAAUUCCUGAUUUCUCUCGCACUAUGUGCGUUAAAUUUCUACCUAUUUUCCUUCCAAGUUCAUGAAAAAUCAAUUUUGUUAGUAUCUAUCCCUGCUUUGUGUUUGCUACCUUUUUAUCCCAUAUCGUCAUUUUUGUUCUCUUUAUGCUCUACUCUUAGUAUGUGGCCAUUAUUUAAAAAGGACGGUUUACAAUUGGCCAGUUUAUGUUUAACAUGUAUACAUACCAUUCUAGGCUGUUUCAUAAUACUAAAAAGUAACAAUAGUGAUAAACAUGUUGCUGAGAAAAAGAAAUUACAAAAUAGUGCUACGCGUAAUAAUAUCAUCUCUAUAUUUAUCAUUCUUUUUAUUCUUAUUGGCUAUAGUAUCUUGAUUAUCGGUGACUUACUGAUUACACCUCCUGUAGCAUAUCCCGAUUUAUUUCCUUUGUUACUUUCUAUGUACUCCUUCACUCUGUUUUUCUUAUUUAUGCUCUAUUGGCAGUUAGAAGUUAUUUUUAUGUAAAACUUUGUGUUUAGUUAUGUUUCUAAGAAGAAUAUAUGUUCAUGAGGUUCG